CAACAUGUCGAGAGAAACCUUGGCAAUCGGUAAAAACAAUGUCGGAGGUUGGAGUUAUGUACAAGUAGCAGUAAUAGUCAGUAUUUUCUAUAUAGCAGUCUUGUCUGUUUUUAUAAUGCUAAGGAAUCGCUUCAUUACGCUGUAAACUAUGUCUGGCAAUCAGGACACACAGAAAUCGGAUAAUCCCGACGUAUCGGAAACUGGAAGUGAUGCUGGGGAACCUCCCAACGAAAGCCAACAGGCGGAUUCUACAGUAGCUGAAGGAACAAAAUCUGACAAGCAAAAGAUUGACAUACUCCUGAAAGCAACUGGAAAUGCUCCAAUCAUGAAAAAGAAGAAGUGGGCUGUAGAUCCAGAAAGGAAGAUUGGGUGGAUAACAGAGUUCAUGAAAAAGUACCUCAAGCUGGAUCGCUCAGAAUAUUUGUUUCUGUACGUGAAUCAGUCGUUUGCUCCGGCACCAGACCAUAUUGUGAAGAACCUGUAUGACUGCUAUGGAACGGAUGGCAAACUCGUCCUUCACUACUGCAAGAGCCAAGCGUGGGGCUGAAACUGCAUGCACACACACACGUAAUGCUUGCUUCCUGAGUUUAGUGUUAAGUGAAACUGUAUCCAUUUUUUUAACUCUGCUUUUUAUGUUGUAAUUUCUGAAUUGAAAUGAGACAAACAUUUGUUUGAACAUAUUUGUAUAUUAUGGAAGGUAAACAUAUUAUGAUGUAUA